AUGAAUUCGUCGCUCUUCGCGGCGAUGGGCAUGUACGCCGCCGCGGCGUCUGCAUUUCCUAGCUUUGGCAAGCGGAGUACAGGAACGCUGGUGUGUCCGAGUGCUGAGACAAUUACUGUCACUCAGAGCGCGGAUGUAGGCACUGCUACACUCGAGCCGCAAAAAAUCACUGUGACGGACGUCCGUAGGUGCCCAACAGGCACGUCAACAAUCACCUCUACGUUCACAACUACAUCAAUCUCCACGAUUCAUCUCCUUCCGGCGACGCAGACACUGACUCUUUCCGCCGCACCUGUCGUUGUCACUCUUCCGGCUCAGUCUCUCGCCCAAUCCCUCUCUCUUAUCCAGGGUGGCGGCCAGCUCGCGUCUCAGACGCUUACUCUAACCGUGACGGGUAAACCGAGUGUUGUUGCUGUUCCCGCUGAGGCCUUCCCGCCUGUGACUCAGACAAUUACGGUCACCUUGGCUGCAGCUCAGGGUGGCUCUACUGGCAUUGCUGUUUCUCCCUCGGGACCAGCAUCUGCGCCAGGAUCUGUCGUUGCUGGUUCUCCUGGCUCUACUGUCGGUAGCUCCGGCUCUGGCGUUGCUGCAUCGCAUGGAUCUGCCUCUUCCACGGAAGCACCUACCGCUGUCAUCAUUUCGGCCUCCGCCGUCGCUAGCUUUAGUUCUGGCGCCGCUGCUCCUGCUGCACAGAAUGUCAAUUCCGCUGCCUCCGCUGUUCAAUCUGUUAUAACGCUCCCUGCAGCCGCACCGUCUGUCGUUACUGUCUACGGCUCUCCUUCCGUGAUCAGCGUUCCUGGCACGACGGUCCUGACAACUAUAACUAUUGGCUCCAGCACAACAACUACGCUAUCGUGGUCGCUCCAUCUGUUGUUACUGUUUCUGGUCCUCCAAGGCAAACGAGCAAACGAGCAAAGUAUUGUAACGGUACCGGGCCAAACGGUAGUGAUGACAGUCCCGGCCUCUACAUCGUUCAUCACGGUAAUUUUGCCUCAUACUAUCACUGUCAGUGCUGUUGAGGUUUCUGCUUCCACUAUCACAAUCACUCGCACAGAGGAGGUUGUUACAGUUUCGAGCACACCUACUCUCCUGUCCGGCUCUUCCUCCUUGACGACUAUUUCACUGCCGUCUACUACGGUUGUUAGUACAGUUGUAGUUCCAGACUCAACUCUCAUCUCGGGCUCUGCAGCUACUACCCCUGGCCCUAGCUCCCUUACUACAAUCAUACUGCCGUCUACCACGGUAGUCAGCACUCUUGAGGGCUCCGGUGAAUCCACAUUGGCUACCACUUCCAGCUCUGCCAUUCUUUCGACCAGUACUAUCCCUGCGACCACGUUUCUCACAGUCGUUCCGCAGGGUUCUACUUCUGUUAUCAGUACCGUUGUGAUCCCUGCUUCCACUACCACUGUUAUUAGUGUACAGUCGAUGACGACAGCCACUCUGGCUUCUUCUAUGAUUGCCAGCUCCGUUCAGUCAUCUUCUUCGACUGAGGCUGAAACUGGUACUUCAGACGCAUCCGCUUCGGAGACUGAAACUACUGCGACCGAAACUACUACCCUAGUAUCUUCCUCUUCUGUCAUCUCAACUGAGGUUUCCACAAUUGAGACCGUUUCCACUGAAGUUUCGACUUCUGCCUCGAUGGAAUCUUCAACUGCUGAGGUUACCUCAACCGACAUCUCUACUUCCGCGCCCGCUACCUCGACAAUGACUUCACCCGCUGAGGCUGCUACCACCGAGGACUUUUCCGCCACCACAAUUGGGACUUCUACUGUCGAGACGGCUGCUUCGACUGAGACUUCCACUACUGAGAGCUCGCUCUUUACGCCUGUGUCCGUAACUGAUGCUCCAUCAUCUGGAUCUUCCUCUGGCACACCUAUCACAACUGAAGCUUCCUCUUCUAUCCCCACAACCUCGAGCGACAUUUCUGAUACCAUUACUGCCACAUCGACUGAAGCUCCGACAUCUGUCUCAGAUGACCCUAUUACCUCUACGGCCGCUUCCCCCUCCGCCACUGCUGCCGCCAGUAUUGUUAGAAACGGUGAUUUUGAGGACAUUUCGCUCGCUCCUUGGGACUUCGACAACUGUAACGGACAAGCUGAAACAUCCGAUGUUCACAGUGGGACAUACUCCGUUGAAAUUGACUAUGAUGUGUCUUCGUCGUCCCCAACAGACACGUACAGCAGUCUGGAUGUUAACCUGACUCCUAACGCGCAAUACAUCUUCAGCAUCAAUUUCAUUAUUGGAAUACCCGGAGUUGAAGGCCAAGACUGGCAGCAGCUGACGUCGACACCAUUUACGGCUGUGAGCGGGCAGGAUACUCUGACUGUUGGGGUGCAAUGCCGAGAACUCACCAUAAGUAUUGGACCGUCAACGAGGUACUACCUUCUGGAUGAUGUGGCGAUUACAAUUGUGGGAGGCGAGACUAGCACUGCGACAACGGAAACCCAGGCGUCUACUUCUUCAGCCGCAAGUACUGCUACUGAGGACCUGUCAUCCGCUUCUCUAACAGCAACAUCGACUGAGGCUUCCGUUCCAGUCACUACCAGCGCGGCUCCUGCUUCUGCUACUACAGCUGCUGUUAACUUGUUCUCCGAUGGUGGCUUCGAAGAUUCCAGCGUCAGUUCGUGGUCCAUUUACGGUCAACAACAGAACUCUAUUGUUACUAGCACGCCAAGCAAGCGUACCGAAGCUGGAUCCGCCGGCACCUACUGCAGCGUUCAAGCCGACCUUAUGUCAAUUAUGCUCAGCCUCGUCUACGACAGUUCCAACCCGGGCUCCGAUUGGAUGCAGUUUGUCGGACUGCCCUUUACGGUGACACAGGCUGCAGAUUCCAUCCAGCUUGGGAUCAGCUGCUUUUCUACCGAUAACAGUUACACCGGCAUUGAUGGGAAAGAUACUUUCUGGUUGGACGACAUAUCUUUCUCGCCUACUGAGACGGUGACUGGCGUUACGGCAGGCGACGACUGCCCUGCCCCGCUGGAGCACGUGGCGUGUCCGCUUAACCAUGGUGCAUUCUAUGAGACCAAUGGCAAGCGCUUCAAUGUUGUAUGCAACGAGGGAUACAAGGAUUCUAUUACUGCUGCGUACAAGAACUCAUUGGAGGAUUGUAUUGACUGGUGCAGUACAAUGACUGGCUGUGUGGCUACUUCGUGGCGCAAUUCUUACUGCGUAUUGUGGAGUAGCAGGACAGUUGACCAACCGUAUGUGGGUGGAGGGAGCGCGGUUUUAGUUGAUUCCUGCUCGGGAUAA